AUGGAAAUCCCGGCAAAACUCCCCUUCUCCAAGCGCCGGCUCCGACCGCGUGUUGUGAUCUCCUAUAUCUUUGACUAUGUGAUCAUUAUUGCCUGCGUUGCCGGCUUCGCGAUUCUCAACACGAUCGAGCCCUACCACCAACACUUUUCCCUCAUCAACACCUCCAUCCAAUAUCCUUACGCCGAACAUGAACGCAUCCCCAUGGCUUGGGCUGUAUGCAUAUCCGGCGGUUUCCCACUCGUUCUUAUUAUAAUCUACACCUUGUUCAUCGAUGGCUUGUUUUCGCACCAUAAGCCACAGGACGCGGCGUCUGGCAAGCGGAAGCUGAGAGGUCCGCAUCGCUGGAAGGACAGACUUUGGGAGCUCAAUUGUGGAAUUUUGGGUCUUUUGCUGGCUCAGGGACUCGCGUUCGUCAUUACACAGGCGCUGAAGAAUGCAUGCGGCAAGCCCAGACCCGAUCUUAUUGAUCGCUGUAAACCACGCGCUGGUAGCAAAGACCUUUUCCCGGGAUUGUCGAACUCAACGAUUUGUACGGGUGAUCCCCACUUGUUAACAGAUGGGUUUCGGUCGUGGCCGUCCGGCCACAGUAGCUCUUCCUUCGCCGGUCUCGUUUACAUAUCGCUCUGGUUAGGUGGGAAGUUGCACGUUAUGGACAAUCGCGGUGAGGCCUGGAAAGCCCUUGUCGUCAUGGCUCCUCUACUCGCAGCGACCCUUGUGGCCGUAUCGCGUAUCAUGGACGCGCGCCACCACCCCUUCGACGUGAUUACGGGAUCGAUGCUUGGGAUCGCCUGCGGCUUCGUCGCAUAUCGCCAGUAUUUCCCACCGCUCAGCGAACCUUGGCGCAAGGGUCGCGCCUACCCAAUCCGAACCUGGGGGACCGAUCCUGCAGGACCCGAUACUGUCCGACUUAAGGGCCCCAGAGGCGAGAGCAUGGUUGCUCUCCGCAACCCGGAAGAAGAGCGCAUGAACCCGCCGGAUAUCCCCAGCUCGGAACAUACCAGACCCGACCCCUCUACCUACCUUCAUGACUCCAACCCAUAUGCAUCGAAUGUUUACAAUCGCCACCCGCAUGACCAUGACGGCGAUGGCGGUGCUCGUUCGUCGAGCGAGGACGACGUUCCCAACGGGUAUGAGAUGCGAGAUGGUCAUACUAUGGGGCAGAAUCCCGGUGCCGAUCGCCAUCCGCCUCAAUAUUAG